AUCUCACUUGCUAUCUGUUGCUACUUUCACAUCCCGAACCAAAAAUCUCAUAUGCUGAAGAGUUCCAAAAAUUGACUUCCGGUUAAACAGGGAAAAAAUGUCGAUUCUGACUGGAGACGAAGUAAAGAAUGAAAUCGAGGGGCAUCAGGAAGUAGAGAGUAAUGAGGUGGAGGGUGAGGAAGUGAACUCCGAGUUAGACAAGUACUGGAAAGCUGUGAGGGACAACCCAGGGGAUUUCACAGGCUGGACUUACCUCCUCCAGUAUGUGGAACAAGAGAAAAAACUGGAUCAAGCCAGAAAAGCAUAUGAUGCAUUCUUUGAGCAUUACCCAUACUGUUAUGGCUACUGGAAAAAAUAUGCUGAUAUGGAAAAAAAACAAUCAGGACCAGAGAAGGCAAUGGAGGUAUUUGAGAGAGGUACACAAGCAAUUUCCUUGAGCGUAGAACUUUGGUUACAUUACAUAAACUUCUACACAGAAGAGUAUGGGAAACUAGAGAAUGGAGAGGAAGGAAUUAGAGGAAUCUAUGAGAAAGCUGUAGCAGCAUGUGGUAAGGAUUUCCGAUCAGACAAACUCUGGGACACGUACAUAUCCUGGGAGGAAAACCUGAUCAGUAAAACAGCCCUCUAUGACAGAGUCUUACAGAUCCCAACACAGCUCUACAGUCAUCAUUUUGAAAAUUUUAAACAUCAUGUCUUGUCCCAUCACCCAAAAGAAAUCCUUACCCUGGACAACUUUCUCCAGCUCAGGAAGGAGGUCGUGGUGGGGACGUCCGAGUUAAAUCCAGAGGAGGAGGCUGCCGGGGAUGAUGGGCCUCCAGGGGUGAUAGGACCACCUGGGGAGGAUGCACCACCAGGCAUGGAAGUGGAGGGAGAUAAA